UUCACCAUUUCUAGUGUAUGUGUAUAUAUAUUUGAAUUAGAUAGUAGCACUUGUUAUUGACUAUAUUCCAAUUUCUAAGAAAUUUCAUGGCUUCAAAUUUGAAUCAAACGCCUUCGAAUGCACAUCCCGAGAGUAUGGAUUUUCUGUCGCAUGCAUGGUGCGACUUUGCCGUACAAGCCUUGCAGCCAGAGCUAGAAGGAGGACCACUCGUUAUUCUUGAUAACUCAAUCAAGCAAUUCGAGAGCAACGCCAUAUCUCCUUUCAUGAAGAUGGACAAGAACGUUAGGAUGGAUGAUACAGAUUUUAAGCCUCUACCACCAUGGAAAUCCGAUGAUGUGAAGUCUUUGAUAUGGAUGCAGCAAGCAAUGCACCCUGAAUUAAACUACAAUAGCUAUUUCCAGAAGAAAUGGUUGCCAUGGAAGAAUAUACUUCCAUUCAAGAAUGUGUCAAUGAAGAAAUGGUUGAAAGAAAUAAAACAAAGGCGCAAAGAAGAGGGGAGGCUACGAAGAGCUGAAGUGCAUGCAGCAAUAUCAGUGGCUGGCGUGGCAGCAGCACUCGCCGCCAUCGCCGCCGAAAACUCCGGAAAGGACGAGUCAAGCACUGCCAAGGAAGCCGCAGUGGCCUCUGCGGCUGCUCUGGUUGCAGCAGAGUGUGCAAAGGUCGCCGAAGCCAUGGGGGCGAAAAGGGAGCAGCUCGGCAGUUUGAUAGGUUCAGCCAUGAGUGGUACAAAUGCAAGUGACAUCUUAACACUCACAGCUGCAGCUGCAACAUCAUUAAAAGGAGCUGCCACACUGAAAGCAAGAUCAGGAUGCAAGAAGAGAUUAAAUGGGAGUGCACCUGUACUCCCUAUUGAGGACACCAAUGAUUUAGACUUCAAUUUUGAGAAGUAUAAAAAGAUCCUUGCAAAGGGUGCCGAUCUCACUGUAGAAACACCAGAAGGGAAGUACUCGGUGAAAACUGUGUCAGUCGCCCUCAACAGCGAAGCCAAGGUUAUUCUUCAAAUAACAAAGCACAAUCUGUGGAAAAGUAAGAAAGAAAGUAUUGUGUUGGACCUGCAUGCUGAGCUGUAUAAAGAUUCAGAAGCUGAUCAAGACGCCAACACGUGUUAUCUCAUCGUGCUAACAACAAGUAGGGGCGCGUUCAAGCUAGAUAUGGCGGAAGAUUAUGAGCGUUACAAGACAUGGGCCACGACAAUCAAUCAUAUGCUGAUGCUGUCGACGUCGUUCACAAAAUAUGAGCUUCAAUUUUACAAAAGUUAAUGUUAACUCUACCUUUGACGUGUUGUACGUGUACUUGUGUACUUGG